AUGAGCACGUUCCCCUCUCUCAAACUCACGGACUUUACUGCUGCUGGCCGUGCAGAGGCCGCGCGCCUGGUCUUCUACAUUGGCGGCGUCCCCUUUGAAGACAAGCGCCUUACGCCUGCGCAGUUCAUGGCCACGAAGGACUCGUUCCCGUUGGGCCAAGUGCCCACGCUCGAGGUCAAUGGCGACGUGAUGACGCAAUCGUACGCCAUCAUGCGGUACGCUGGCCGCUUGGGUGGACUGUAUCCCACCACGAGGCCCGAGCUGGCGAUAAAGAUCGAUGAGGUGCUGAGCGUGAUGGGCGAGAUUGAAGUGAGGCUGGUUCCAUCGCUCCACGAGUCCGACGUGGCCAAGAAAAAAGCCAUGCGGGAGGAACUGACGACCGCCACGCUGCCUCGCUACGCUGGACUCUUGGAGGCUCGUCUCGCGAAAAUGAAGCAGACGCCGUUUUUCCAGUCGGACCGCGUCUACGUGCACGAAGUGGCCAUCUACGUGUGGGUCAAGUCGCUCCGUUCGGGCUUCCUCGACUUCAUCCCCACGACGGUACUGAAUGACUACAAGCUACUGAACGCGAUGCACGACAAGGUCGCGAGUCACCCACAAGUCCAAGAGUGGUACCGACUCGAGCACAACGCGCCGAAGCUGAAGCUCACAUACUUUCCCAACCUCGGACGUGGCGAGCCCAUCCGUCUUGCCUUUUUCAUUGGCGACAUUGCGUUCGAAGACGAGCGCAUUCCGCACGAGGAGAUGGUGACGCGCAGGUCGACACUGCCGUUCGGCCAGUUUCCAGUGCUAGAAGUAAACGGGGAGAUGAUCUCGCAGGCGCUGGCGAUCCUUCGGUACGCUGGCACCAUGUCGGGACUGUACCCCAUGACGGAUCCGCUUGCUGCUUACCGUAUCGACGAGCUGCUCUCGAUCAUGGACGACAUGUUCAACAAACCUCUGUGGGGCGCCUCGCACCGUGAGAAGAACAUGGAGAAGAAGGAUGUUUUGCGCGCAGAACUAGCCAAGGUCGUGCCCAAGACGAUAGGGUUCUUGGAAAAGCGCAUUGCAAAGAACGAAGGGCCUUACGCGGCGGGUCAGGCCCUCAGCGUGGCAGACCUGGCCAUCUACGCUGUGCUGGUGGACUUUACAACGAACUUGCCGAAACUCAUGAGCACCAUGGAAGACUCGUACCCGAGCGUGUACCGCGUGUACGACCAGGUGAGGAAGCACCCGAAGGUUGUGGAGUGGAACGCGGCGCACGGCCAGCAAUAG